AUGAGACAGGAGGAGGUGGCUGUGAAUAGCCUCUUAGUGUAUCACACACCUGAGACCUUCCCCAAACGCUGCAGAGGAAUUAUUCAGGCCAGCCAGCCACGAGGCAUGGUGUUUUUUCAGAAAUGUUUACGGCUGGCCCGCGUGGGACUGGAACCCUCGCCCCGGAGUGAAGCCUGGAGAAGGCCGCCCAAGGUGGCGUGUGUGCGCCGAGGUGGGCGGGGAGAGGCCCCCGGCUGCGCGGGCCGCCGGCUCCCCCGCCUGUGCGUGGACCACGUGCAGGAGGGGCGCUUGGGGGCCCCGGGCGCGCAGCNGGACUACGGAGACGGGCCCGACUCCUCGGACGCCGAGCCGGACAGCGGGGCGGAGGAGGGAGUUCUGGACUUUAGCGACCCCUUCAGCACGGAGGUGAAGCCGAGGAUCCUGCUCAUGGGCCUGAGAAGGAGCGGCAAGUCAUCCAUCCAGAAAGUCGUCUUUCAUAAAAUGUCUCCCAAUGAAACUCUGUUCUUGGAGAGCACGAACAAGAUCUGCCGAGAGGACGUUUCCAACAGCUCCUUUGUUAAUUUUCAGAUAUGGGACUUCCCAGGACAGAUUGACUUUUUUGACCCCACCUUUGACUAUGAGAUGAUCUUCCGAGGGACUGGAGCACUGAUAUUUGUAAUAGACUCCCAGGACGACUACAUGGAGGCCUUGGCCAGGCUCCACCUCACCGUGACCAGGGCCUACAAAGUCAACACCGACAUCAACUUCGAGGUGUUCAUCCACAAAGUGGAUGGCCUGUCAGAUGACCACAAAAUUGAAACCCAGAGGGACAUCCACCAGAGGGCCAAUGAUGACCUUGCAGACGCCGGGCUAGAAAAAAUUCACCUCAGCUUUUAUCUGACAAGCAUAUAUGACCAUUCAAUAUUUGAAGCUUUUAGCAAAGUGGUUCAGAAACUGAUUCCACAACUUCCCACCCUGGAGAAUUUGCUAAACAUCUUUAUCUCAAAUUCUGGAAUUGAAAAGGCGUUUCUCUUUGAUGUGGUCAGUAAGAUUUAUAUUGCAACAGAUAGUACCCCUGUGGAUAUGCAAACGUACGAGCUCUGCUGUGACAUGAUCGAUGUGGUCAUUGAUAUUUCAUGUAUUUAUGGCCUCAAAGAAGAUGGAGCAGGAACCCCCUAUGACAAGGAAUCAACAGCCAUUAUAAAGCUGAAUAAUACAACAGUUCUCUAUUUAAAAGAGGUGACAAAGUUCCUGGCUCUUGUGUGCUUUGUCAGAGAGGAAAGCUUUGAGAGAAAAGGUAAUNAACAUUUUUGUUUUCUUCUCGGGUUGAUUGACUAUAAUUUUCAUUGCUUCCGGAAGGCGAUCCAUGAAGUGUUUGAGGUGAGAAUGAAAGUAGUGAAAUCGCGAAAGGUUCAGAAUCGGCUGCAGAAGAAGAAAGGAGCCACCCCCAACGGGACGCCUAGGGUGCUGCUGUAGGUGAGAUUUCAGGAACAUCUUUUGAAAUCAGACGUUUCAAUGAAGCUGCUGCCCUGUGUUGCACUAAAGGAAGAGGAGGAAGGAGAUGGGGACACAAGACAUACGUUUGCUGUAAAAAAAAAAAAAUCCUGCCACCCUUUCUUUUAAUCUUCUCUUUUUUAAAUAAAGUAAGCACUUUGAAGCAAAAACUUGUAUAUUAACAAUGAAGUGAAAUCUACUGUAACUUCAUUACACAAAUGUAAACUUUUAUGGUCUGUAGUCAGAAAAAAUCCUGUGUGCGUACUGCCAGGAACUGUAUAUAUUUUGCACUUUUUCAUGUUUUCUUUUUCUCAUGGAACUAAACUUUGAUAAAACAACUUUUCUAAGCUUUGUUCUGUCCUUGGUGUCUAGGACAUGCAUACUGAGUCCGUAUCUAUGGGGCAAACGGAAAUUAAUCAAAAAAUGAUGCAUUAGCAAUGACUUUUUUAAGCAUGGGAAUCUUUGCUACCAGUUGUUGAGAAAAAUCAUUUUUCCAUGGAGGAACAGCUUGGGGCGGCAAGCUCCAGGAGCAAUAAGACCUGUCCCCUGUUUAUAACGGAUAUAAAUAGAAGUUUUAUAGAAUAACAUUAGCACCAAACUUAUCUAAACAUUUCUAUAACUGUGAGAGCGCUUCCCUACGUGACAGUUUUUUAUAAAACUCUUUACCUCAAUAGACAUGUCUAAAACCACUUUAUACAGAGAGGUUCUUUCUUUCUGCUGUGUUAUUGCUGUCGUUUGGGACCAUAUUUCCAAAAUGGUGCCAAUCACUGGAGAGAAAUGGGAAUGUCGCUGAAUUGCAGGGUUUCCGAAGGCUUUUCUGUACCUGCCACCCAGGCUAAAGUAAUCUCAGAAGCUACAUGGUUUCCCAAAUGGAAGUGACUGGCAUUUGCAGAUUUAAAAAUAUAUCCAACUUAAAAAUAUGUACAAUUUUUCGCCUCUGUGGGAUGGGCCUCUUGCCAUGCAAGAAUCCAAAUGUUUAUUUAGGACCAGUUUCUUUCUUUCUCUUUUUUACGUUGUUCCACAACCACAGGCAGCAUUUCAGUUCUCGGCCAGAGAACUGAAUCCUAGCGGGCACAUCCGUCACCUCUGAGUCUCCUCAGCUGUGACAGGGUGCCUCAUGGACUCUGCUUGUCCCCACCUUGCGACUGAGCCAGGGCUCGGCUCGCCAGCAGCGUGCUCUGCGUGGCUGAAAAAGCCGUCCUGGAAACCGCUACAGGGCAGUGGGCGAGGAUGACCAGAGGAGGCAUUGUAGUUAGCUAUGUCUGUUUCUAUGAGAUUCUUCCUCCUGUGUGUACUUUAGACCAACAGCACGUGAAGAGAUUCUAAAUCUACCCCCAUCCCAAACCAUUCCAAGUAGAUAAUUCUAGUCUAUCCCAAGGCUCAGUGCCCUAAAGCAUGUUGGCAGGUAUUAGAAAAUAUUCAUAUGUAUAUAUUUUUAGCAGAGCCUCGUAGGGAUAGCAAUGCUGAUGCUAGCAAAAAUGGAUAGUUCCUAAAGCAACUUUUCCUCGAGACCGUCUGUGGCUUCUUUUCUAUCCUCUCCUCGUCCAUUCUUCCCAAGUCCUAUUCCUUUGAGGCUGGAAACUGCAAUUUGAGGUGGUAGCUGAUUUGAGGUUUGAGCCCUCCCAAGGAUCUGCGCAUUUUGGAAGGAAAUUUGUAAAAAUCAUGAAGGUGCCCAAACUCCCUCAUGAUUCCUGCUCAGAAGCGCUGUGUAGGAUCCCAGGGCUCCAGGGAAGUCUUUUUCCUCAUUUCCAAACCUAUAACCAACACGGUACCUGGAGGCUAUUCUUACAAAUCUAAUUCUUUAAUAUUUUUUACACAGUGUUUCUUUCUGAAUGUGCAAAUACAGAAUCACUUUUCUAAAACAACUUUAUCCUCAAGAUAGAGACAUUUGCCUAACUGGUAAAUCACAGGUUACUUAGGUAUAUAUGUUAUUGUAACUAGGUGGAGCUUCCAUUUUUAAGCUGGGUAUAUGAUGGGUUUUGUUAAAAUGUGCCUUAAAUGCCUACUACUUCAAGAGCAAAUGAUUCUUUGGGGGAAAGGCAAAGUUAAUGCUAUGGCAUCAGACCCAAGUUCAUGGUAGUAAGUACACUCUUUAAUUAACGACACUGAUAUAUAGACUACUGCCUCAAAGCCGUCAGCAUGGCGAUGACCUCUUGGUUAAAGAAAAUGUCGGAGUUACGGCUAAGCAUUCAGUUUCUGGAGUCUGUGCUAUUGGAAUCACAAAAUCUCUUCAGUUUCUUUUUCACUUGUUUUUGAUAUGGGACUUAGCUUUCUUGUGUGUGGUCACUUUCAUGUCUCAAAUCCACCACUAUAAAUACAUAUAAGUAUACAAAAUAAUGUGUAAAUAUGAAGCUCAAAUACAUGGCUAUGGUGACUGCUCUGGAAUAUUUCUGAUCAUUUUCAAAGGUUGAGAACUUGACCUAGAGGUUUUCAGCUCAAUUAGAACUUAUAUGUGGGGGUGAGACUCUGAAUUAUCAUCUUUGUUUAGUUUCAGUAAUACAGAUUAGCGUAUGUGGCCAGAGUGGCAUAUUUCUUUUCUUUUUCAGAGUGGCAUAUUUCUGAUGGAAUAGACAUUAAAAACUGGUUGACAUUCACAGACAGUACUAUUUUGUGAACAUAAUAUAUUUUGGACCCUUAACUAUAAAAUGAAUAAAAACACAGCAAUAUUGUUAUGUACGGGUUAUAUGGGAACUCUGUUUGAAAUAUAUUCAAGAAAAAUAGCUGAAUUGUCUUGAUUAUUAAAGUAUGGUAUGCAUUCAA